AUGUCGUUAUUUAAAGCACGUGAAUGGUGGUCUUGUCAAGUAGGUUCUGGAGAACAGUUUGAUUAUGGUUGUUUGAAAGUUGGAUCAUUUAAUGAAGAAUCAAAUAAUAAAAUUGUGGUUGGUAGUCAUUCCGGAAUACUUCGAAUAUAUAGUCCAAGUAGUUCAGAACCCGAUUCAAUAACAAGUAAUCAUGCAACGGAUUUACUCUUGGAAAAAAAUCUUGGCAUGCCAAUUGUACAAAUUGAAAUUGGCAAAUUUAUUAGCACUUCAACUGUCAAUCAAAUUGCUGUUUUAUUCUCACAUAAACUUUCCGUCUAUGAUUAUAAUGAACAAUCUGGUAUGACUGAACAAGGUCGACAAAUUGAUUUAGAAUUAAAUUAUGAACAUAAUUUAAAUCGUCCAACAUUUAAUAUGUGUAAAGGACAUUUUGGUAGUGGUGGAAGAGGAAAUAAAGAUUCUUCAAAUCAUGAAUAUAUUUGCGUACAAACACUUGAUGGUGUCUUGUUUGUCUUUGAAUAUGAACGACAAUCAAUGGUUAAAUCUCUUCCGAAUACUUACUUACCUGGACCACUUUGUUAUUUAUCUCGAUCAGAUGCUUUCUUAACUGUUUCGAGUAAUUAUCACCUUGAAUGUUACAAAUAUCAAGCAUUAGCAAUAUCAAGUGGUGUUGAUCAUGGUACAAAUAAUAAUGAUGUACGACGUAAAGGUGUCGAAGAUGAAUCAUCAUUAUCAACAUCACAAUCAUCAAAACGAGUUCUACCAGAAUGGUCUUUUAAUUUAGGUGAAUGUGCAUUGGGAAUACAAACAACACAACGUAUUAAAAAUACGCCACAAACAAUUAUUGUAUUAGGUGAACGAAAUUUAUUUUGUUUGAGUGAUAAUGGACAAUUAAUAUUUAUGAGCAAAUUUGAAUAUAAUCCCAGUUCAUUCAUUAUUUAUAAUAAUGAAAACAAUAAUAAUGGAAUGCAAUCGGAUUCAUCGAGCUCUGGAGUUCGAUAUAUAAUUAGUACACAUUCUCAUACAUUAUUUAUUGUUCAAGAUGGUCAUAUUCGUUGGGCAGCUCAUGUUGAUUCUAUUCCUGUUCAAGUCGAAGUAUGCACAGUUCAAGGAAUACGUGGCAUGAUUUGUACAUUAAGUGAAACAGGUUCAUUACAAUGUUGUUAUUUGGGUACUGAACCGGUUUCAACAUCAAUACCAGCUAUAACGUCUGGUACAAUGAUAAAUAUUCAAGAUGCUGAACAACAAUUAUCAAAAUUAAAUAAAGAAAUAAAACAAGCAAUGAAUGAUCCAACUUUGGUAAUAAAACGAAAAGCAAAUGCACAAGUCGUUAUUCAAAUUGAGAAUACAAAUCAAUUUUCUAUGACCGAUGACACAAGAUUUCAAAGAGGCGAUUCAGAAUCAAAUGUACCAGUAUUAAAUUUAAAUAUACGUGUGAAGAGUAAUGAAGCUAUACAAAAUGUUCUUCUUACUGUUAAUAUUAACAGUCCAUUAUGUGCACAACCUAAUGAAGUUCGAAUGGGUCAUAUUGGUGGUACAACUUCGGUUGGUACAGCAACAAUUGCAUUUUGGAUGCGAGAUGAUCUUACACCAUGGAAUCUGGAAGCAACAUUCACAGUCUCAUAUAACACAGUGUCAGAUAAUGUUUGCCAUACUGUUCAAAAAACCUAUAAAUUACCAUUAAAACUUGUUGCACGUUCAUUUCAACAAUCAUCUACUGGUGGUCAAUGUAAAUUAACUUUAGGCGCUAAUAAACCUGUAGUCGAUUUAAAUACAGUUUUUCCUGAACUUUCAACUGCAGAAAGUAAUUCACAACAAGGUUUAACAAUACGUUUUUAUGGUUCGAAUGAAAAUAUAUCGAUUUUAGCAUCAUCAAAAUCACAAAAAUAUCGUUUUCAAGCUGAUUCUCUUGCAAGUAUUUGGCUAUUUUCUAAUUUACUCACUGAAAGAUUACAUGCUUCAUCAUCAACAAUUGAAUUUGAAUUUGGUGAUCCAUUACCAUUAGAAGAUUAUUUUUUAUUAGUUGAUCGUCAUUAUGAAACACGUGUUGAAUGUGAACAAAUUAAUUCAACAUUAGAUAUAUGUUCAAAACAGUUUCGAGCUAUACAAAAGCGUUUAUUAAAUAAAUUUAAAGACAAAACACCAACACUUCUUGAUAAUUUAGAUAUUUUACUUGAAAAUACAAAUCAACAGAUUGUUGCACUUGCUAAUCGAUAUGAACAAUGUCGUUAUGAAUUAAGUCGAUCAUCACAUGAUUUAUCAUGUGCGACAAAACUUAUUUGCCUUCUAUUAAAAAUUAGUGUGAAUUUAUCAAAUGAAAAUGCCCAAUUACUUAAUGCUAUUUUAUCACCCGUGAUAUCUGAUGAUAAUGAACAAGGUUGGGAAGAAACUGUUGAUGCAGCAGUGAAUUAUGCAUUACGUACUGUACUUUCACGAUCGAAAACUAUUGAUAUGGGUACAACAUCAAAUACAAUAGGGAAUUCAACAAUAAAUAUUGAUAUAAAUAAAUUAAAAAAACGUAUUCAAACAUUAUGUGAACGUUUAGAAAAGGGAGGUUCAUUAGUUUCAUCAAAUUCAACUACCGAUCGUAGUCAUUCACCUGAAUCAUCUUAUCCGUCGACUAAAAAAUCCAAACCACCAGUUUCAAAUCAUUAUGAUCAUGACAAAAUUGAUGAUAAUGAUGAUGAUGAUAUGCCGAAGGAUGAUUAUGAAAGUCCAUUUCGUUUGUUACCUUCGUCAAAUUCUCGAAAAAAUUAUAAUAAUGAUGAUGAUGAAGAUCAAUAA